ACGUGCUUCGAUUAAUGCACAGUCAGCGAUAAUUAUUGCUUUCUAUUUUUAUUAAACAUAUUGUUGAGUGCAUUCAUACAAACGGUGAGUCUUGAAUUGUUUAAAUGUACUAUGUAUAUGUGUGCGUAUACUUUUCUCACUCUUUUAGCGAACCGUUAGUGUUUCAUUACAGCGUCGAUUUAAAAAUUAAUUAUUUAAUGACAUUUUUAUAUACAUUGACGUAUGCAGUCAUAUAUAUUUCCAUUCACACAUAUACGCACAUAGAUAAAUAUUGUAACACCACUAUUAAUGUAGCAGUUUGUUUUUAAUUUGAUAAACCUAUUGACGCUGGUUCUGUACUUGAACGACGAUCACGAAUAUGUCGUACUGGUUUGGCUGAAAUUAUGUGUGAUGUUAUAGUAUCUACGGAUACAUUGGAAUGAUGGACGCGAUAUGUCCACAUUGUGAUGCGGCUAACAUUCCAAGGGAACGCCCGGCAUGUGUUAUGCUAUUGCCAGCAUUAGAAACUCCGCCCGAACCAUUGAUUUAAUUUAUUUUUGGAACAUUUCAACCGCACUUGUGAGUCAUAUUCAACAAUACAAUUCGACAUUUCAAAUGACAUCUUUUGGUGCUAAUAAAAUGAUUGGAGAUAAUUUUAUGCCGACGUUUAAGAUUCAGGGCCAGAUUUAUCAUCAAGCUGAUGAACAUGGGGAAUUUGAUCAACGUUGUGCAAUUGUUUCGAAUACAAUACGAGAAAUUAUUCGUGAGUUACAAAGGUUUUUCUAUCAGCAUAACGCAUUAGUUCAAUUGUUCAAAAUUGUUUCCGACCGUAUGCCAUCUGAUAAUAACAAAAUCGUAAUAAGGACUGAUAGAAUACCUUUUGGAGAGUAUGCAAGGCGAUUCAAUUCACCGACAAUUGAUGAGGUUGCAAAUGUAAUUUGUGGUGAUCAGUUUCAAUCCCGUGAUAUUGUACUUCAUCGCAUAAAUGCGCAAUUGCACCGUGUUUCGGAACUACAUCGUAGUUACGAUGCAUUACCAUACCCAAUAUUGUAUUGUAAAGGUGACGAUGGCUACCAUAUCAAUAUACUAAUGAUUGAUCCACCAACAGGUCUACAUGUACAGAAAAACGUUAUUGCCAUGAAUUUUUAUUCGUAUCGAGUGAGAUGUGGUAAACUAGGUAUUUCAUCAGUACAUCGUUGAUAUGUCUGCCAAAAUUGAAAAUGAACGACUUAAUUUUAUUCGUUUUAACCAAGCAAAAUUAAGAUCCGAAGAAUAUAUUAAUUUGCAAGAUGCGAUAGCGAAUAACGUUAAUAUUAAUGCCAUCGGUCGUUUAUAUAUUGGUAGGCCACGGCAUAUGAACGAAUAUGCACAACACGCAAUGUCUUAUGAACGAAAAUACGGUCGACCGGAUCUGUUCGUUACAUUUUCAUGUGAUCCGCAGUGGGAUGGGAUCAAAAAUAAUUUAUUUGAAAGACAGGCGCCAACUAGCCGUCAUGACAUUACAGCACGUGUUUUUGGGCAAAAAUUGAAAGCACUUAUGGAUUUAAUUGUGAAAUUAUGUGUAUUUGGAGAGGUACGUUGCCAUAUCUACUCCAUCGAAUGGCAACAAGGGGAUUGCCGCACGCACAGAUAUUAAUUUGCUGGAACAUAAAAUAACUCCGGAUCAAAUCGAUAACGUUAUAUCAGCUAAAAUUCAUGAUCAAACUGUUUAUCCUAGUUAUUUUACGUUGUCGUUAAAAACAUGAUAGAUGGUCCGUGCGGGGAGCUAGAUAUGGAUUCGCCAAAUAUAAUUGAUAGAAACUGUGCCAACAACAUGAAACAAUGCCCGAGGCAAUCAACUUCAGACACAAUAACAGGCAAUGACGGAUAUCCGUUGUAUCAUCGUAGAUCACCUAAUGAUAAUGGCAAAACGGCAACUAUUAGAAUGCGUAACCAGGACGUUGAAAUUGAUUAUCGUUGGGGGUUCCUAUUGUCCAUUAUUAUCGAAAAUUGUUAAUCCUCAUAUAAAUGUGGAGCAUUGUAAUUCAGUCAAAUCCAUUAAAUAUAUUUGCAAUAUGGCUGUUUUCGGUGUUGCUGGUGAUAAUAGAUAUGAUGAAAAUACUCAGUAUCAAAUGGGGCGCUAUAUUAGUAGUAACGAAGCUGGCUGAAGUAUUAUGUCGUUUCCAAUGCACGAAAGACAUCCUGCGGUUGUUCACUUGGUUGUGCAUCUUGAGUAUGGCUAACGUGUUCAUUUUAAUGAAGCAAAUGUAUUGGCAAGAGCAGCGCAACCAUCAGCGACUACGUUGACCGCUUUUUUCCGAUUAUGCGAAAUGUUUGUUAUAUAAAUUUAUAAUAUUCUGAAGUGCAUCAGUAUUACCAAUGGACUGUGUUUUUGGAAAAAUUUCAAAGACGUAAACAAGGAACAGAAGUCAAUGGGCAUCUAGGCAUUUUCCAAACAGAUGAGAGAAUAUACAGUACAUCCAAACAUUAUAUUAUAUAAAUAUUAGUUAACGUCAAUGACCUAAAUCUUUGCAUCUACUUCAGCUCAUCCACAACAAAUGCGGAUGCUAUUUGCAAAUUUAUUAUCAACAUGUAUAACAUCAAAUCCACUUGAAUUAUGGAACAAAUAUAAAAGUUAUAUGGCACAA